CCCCUCCCCCCUAUCUACAGCUGCACCGUCGUACCGUCCAGGACGACCAGUUCGGAGUCGGUGAGCCUCUCAACGAGACGGAGUUCGGAGUUGGUAUGGUGGUCAGAGGCCGGCACUGGCUGGUAGCCAGUGCCGUCGGAGACGCUCCCCGACUUCACCGGGACCUGGCCGAACAGAUGUUCAUGGCGCCGCAGCUGACGUUCGCCAGCGCCAACGGCAUGACGCUGGACAUGUGGAACAGUGACACGGUGGUCAAACAGUUCACCGGUAUGAAGCCGCUGCCCGCCAACGUUCACCUCCUGACACUGGAGAUGUACAAACCAGACCGGCUGCUGCUGCGGCUGGAGCACCAGUUCGAAACCGGGGAGGAUGUCGAGCUCAGUCUGCCGGUCGAUGUCAACAUUCAGGACCUGUUCACGACCCUCAACAUCACCUCAGUCGUCGAGUACGGUCUGUCUGCCGACCGGCCUCUGAGUGACAUCAACCGCUUCCACUGGGACCACGACAAGUCCAACAGCAUGCCGAAAAACUUCCGCCGCACGGCUCAGGAGACCUACAGGAACACAGAGGCCGAGGCCGACCCGCUGACGGUCACACUGAACCCCAUGGAGAUCCGUACGUUUGUGGCAACCUACACCAGCCCGUACCCGCUACCGACUCCUCCUGGAGACACCCAGCAAUGACCUACAGGUCACAACGCGCCCAGAGGGUCGUCACCUGACCCGGCACGAGGUCAGCUCUGCCCCAUCGUGCUAAGUAGACGCUAGAAAGCAGCGCUUGGCAACUGUAGAUCGAGUAUGCUAGAAGUUUAUUGAUCGUGCUUUCUGCUUGAUAUAAUGGCGGGUAAAAGCACACAGCUUGCGUGUAAUCCAGCUGAUUUGGUGUACAUAUAUACUUGAGCUCGAGCUCAGUGCCAAUGGUCAAUGUUUGGCGGUCCCGGGGAUUGUCGUGGUUGCGCCGGGGCCUUCGGGGACCGAGUCGCUGUAUUUCCCCGUUGCCAUGGUGAUUUGUGCGUGUUCGUGUUUAUUGCUGGGGUCCGCCCUGCCCAGCGGAGGUGCGGCAGGGACCUUUGCGUGAUGUCGUGAGACGUUCAAAUACAAACGCCCGCUGGAAGA